AUGCGAACCGCAGCUCCCGGCCCGAAAGGCAAGUACGGUGUCCAUGCUCGAACCGUCUUGGAGACAUGGGCGAAACGAUGCGAUGAUUUCAUAUUCUUCACAGAUUCCCCAAUGUCACCGGAUAUUCCUCACAUAUAUUGGAAAGAGCUAUCCUCCAGAGAUCACUCAUGGGAGAAGAUCCGACGGAUAUUCAGACACGUUGUUGAUGGAAUAGAAGAGGAAUACGAUUGGUACCUGAGAGCAGAUGACGAUGCUUAUGUGAUUGUCGAGAAUCUACGAGAGUUUCUAUCCAAAUAUUCUAGCAAAGAACCACACUACUUCGGUUAUAGGUGGAAUUUCUUUGUUCCCCAUGGUUAUGCUGAUGGUGGAGUGUAUAUCCUUUCGCGGCCUGCCGUUGAAAUUUUCAAUCGAGUUAUGAAAAGCCCAGUAUGCCCAGAGCAUCAUAGAGCGGAAGAAGAUCAAGAGAUGGGGCGGUGUUUGGCUGCAGCGGGAAUCCAUCCAGAAGAUACACGCGAUGAAAAUGGAUCAGACAGGUGA